GGUGCUUCAAAGGCUUUGGAAGGAGCAACCCUGGGACAGCUAGAGAGCUUCCUAGGAAGGAGAAACUCAGAAAGGAAGAGAGAGAGAGGCAGAGGCAGAAAUCAGACUCCCCCGAGCGUCUUUCAGCUCAGCACACAUUUCUAAGUGGACAACUUGCCUUAUAGCUGCUGCUGCUGUUGCUUUUUUCUCUCUUAUAUUGUGGCAUCUGGCUCGUGGAAGAGCUACUUGGGAAGCUGAGAUCAGCAGAAACCUCACACUCCAGCUUUUGGGCAGUCAGAAAGAGGAUUCCCCCUCCAGCUCUCCCUGCACACUGGGCAACUUGCUGCUAACCGAACCUGGCACGCACACAAAAUUCAUCUUCUCUCUCUCUCCCUCCCUCCCUCCCUCCUAUCAGUUGUAAGCCACAGUCUUUCCCCAGAGACUGCGGUUUGCAGAUUUGUAGCAUACUUCUAACACAGCUGGGGAGCGUGCUUCUCUCUUUCUCUCUCUCUCUCACACACACACACACUCCAAGUGAGUCUCCCUUUCUGGUCAUAGCGUUUCCAGCAUCUAUGCCACUCUCUCUUCAACAACAGCAGCCCCUCUUCACGAGCAGGCUGGCACCUGCCUUCGCUCCCUUCCUCUCCUUGCUGUUCUUGCUGCUGCUUCGCAAUGCCUGGGCACUGCCCAUCCAAACUAGCGACUCCCAGGAGGUGGUGCCAGUCUGGAUGGCAGUCCCUCCAGGAGGCGAAGGGCAGGAUUCUUUCUCCAUCAGUGCCUUUGGGAAGGAGUUUGUGCUGGAGUUGGAACCUGAUGCCAGCUUCUUAGCGCCUGGACUGAAGAUCCAGCACUUUGGAAGACAGAAGCCCGUUGGGUUCCUUGACCACGAGGAUGUGGGUCUACGCAGCUGCUUCUACUCAGGGAUGGUGAACUCUCAGCCAGACUCCCUGGUGGCUGUCAGCUUGUGCCAGGGCAUCCAUGGCUCCUUCUUGGUGGAUGGAGACAAAUACGUCAUCCAUCCCAAAGAUCACAGGAGUCAUGGAGAUCCUCUGCUGCAGGUUCACAAGCUCCAGAAGAGAGGGUGGGCAAAAGGAGCCAGAAAAAACAUUCCAGAAGGGGAAGCCCGGGCAGAACCCAACAGCACCAGCAGCAGAACCAAGAGGUUCACCUCGGAGGCUCGCUACGUAGAGACCCUGCUGGUAGCAGAUGCAUCUAUGGUCCAGUUCUAUGGAGAUGACCUGACGAAUCACAUCCUCACCUUGAUGUCUGUGGCUGCUCAGAUCUACAAACACCACAGCCUGAAGAAUUCCAUCAAUCUGGUGGUGGUGAAGGUGCUGGUGGUGGAAGACGAGAAAGCCGGGCCGGAAGUGUCUGGCAAUGGAGGGCUCAUGCUACGGAACUUCUGCAACUGGCAACAGCAGUUCAACCCUCCAAGCGACCGCCACCCAGAACACUAUGACACAGCAGUCCUGCUGACGAGACAGGAUUUCUGUGGACAUCAGAGUUGCAGUACCCUUGGAGUGGCUGAUAUUGGCACCAUGUGUGACCCCAACAAAAGCUGUUCUGUUAUAGAAGAUGAGGGUCUCCAGGCAGCCUACACUUUGGCCCAUGAACUAGGGCAUGUACUCAGCAUGCCCCAUGAUGAUUCCAAGACCUGUGAGAGGCUCUUUGGGACCUUAGGAAAGCAUCACAUGAUGGCCCCUCUGUUCAUCCACUUAAACAAGACUCUGCCAUGGUCCCCUUGCAGUGCCAUGUAUAUCACAGAAUUUCUGGACGGAGGACAUGGUGACUGUUUGCUUGAUGAGCCUGCUGAAACCAUCAUCCUCCCCACAGACCUUCCAGGUCAAGUGUCCUUCUACAACCUUGAUCACCAGUGCCAACAGAUUUUCGGCAAGGAGUUCCGACACUGCCCAAACACCACACAGGAGGACAUCUGCUCCCAGCUUUGGUGCAAGCUGGAGGCAGGAGAGCGCCUGUGCCACACCAGAAAUGGCAGCUUGCCCUGGGCAGAUGGGACUCCCUGUGGGACAGGGAAGAUGUGUUUGGACGGACGCUGUGUGGCACAAGAUACAGUGAUGCCCCAGCCGGCAGUGGAUGGAAAGUGGGGGCCCUGGAGCUUUUGGGGGCCAUGUUCCAGGACAUGUGGUGGAGGAGUGCAUUUCUCCUACAGAGACUGUGACAACCCUGUGCCUAAGAAUGGAGGCAAAUACUGCGAGGGUCAAAGAGUCAAAUAUGAGUCAUGCCACACAGAGGAAUGCCCACCAAACGGCAAGAGUUUUCGGGAGCAGCAGUGCGAAAAGUAUGACAGAUACAACUUCACAGACCCGAAUGGGAACCUGCUGGAGUGGGUCCCGAUGUACGCCGGGGUGUCGCCUCGAGACCGCUGCAAGCUGGUCUGCCGGGCUAAAAGGCGAGAUGAAUUCAAAGUGUUUGAGACCAAAGUGAUUGAUGGGACUCUCUGUGCACCUGAGACCCUCUCUGUGUGUGUGCAUGGGCAGUGCAUCAAGGCUGGCUGUGACCAUAUCAUUGGGUCACCUAAGAAGUUAGACAAGUGUGGGGUUUGUGGCGGCAACGGCUCAACUUGCAGGAAAAUAUCUGCCUCGCUCAACAGAUCUAAGUUUGGAUAUAACGACAUUGUCACAAUCCCUGCAGGGGCAACCAAUGUUGACAUCAAGCAACACAGUCGCCGAGGGGUUAGGCAUGAUGGGAACUAUUUAGCCCUGAAAACCUUGGAUGGCAAAUACCUCCUGAAUGGAAACCGUGCUGUUUCAGCUAUGGAACAAGACAUUUUCAUUAAGGGAGCCGUUCUAAGGUACAGUGGCUCCCUUACCACCUUGGAACGCCUCCAGAGUUACCAGAGGCUCCCAGAGUCCCUUACUGUCCAAGUGUUGACCGUUUCCAGCGAGAUGUUCCCCCCGAGGGUGAGAUACACAUUCUUUAUUCCCAAGGACGUCCACUUCAGCAAGCAUAAGAGCAAGGAGAAGAGCCUGGCCAAUGUAAUUAAGCCCUUGCUGACAUCGCAGUGGGUUCUGGGAGACUGGUCCGAGUGCUCGAAAUCCUGUGGCUCUGGCUGGCAGAGACGAACAGUGGAGUGUCUGGAUGUAGAAGGGCGGGCCUCCUCAGCCUGCGACAAGGCCCUCAAGCCUGAGGACAUCAAGCCCUGCAGUGACUUCCCGUGCCCCAUCUGGCAGAUGAGGCCUUGGUCCCCCUGUUCCCAAACGUGCGGAGAGGGAGUUCGGACGCGGAGCGCCUUGUGCACUGACUACGCAGGGAAACCCGUCGCCUCAGAGAAAUGUGGUUCACCUCAGCCGCUGGAAGUUACCACUGCCUGCAUGCUCCAAGAGUGCUGAGACAAAGUGGGGCUGACACAUGAUCAGAGGCAUGUGCAACAUAGGCUAACUACUAACCUAACGCAAACCAGGCUUGGUAUGGCCAAGCAAGGCAAAUGUGCACUAAUUGACCUGAACAGGCUCUGCCAAGUAGACCUGUUUGAAAAAUUAGCAGGCAUUGAAUACCAACCACUCUUCUUUUUUUCUUGCAUUAUCUUCCUCCAAAUUGCCAUCUACCUCAGUGGGGAAAAAUAGCAUGGGAUUUUUGACAAAUCGUUUGAUUUCUUUUUAAAUAUAUAUAUAUAUAUAUAUUGCAGGCCAAUACUUUACUUCUAGGAGACAUAGAAACGUGUCCUAAGCUGUUCCCAAAGAUGACCUGAAUCUCACCCACACCUUCACUGUGCUUUUUUGUGGGUCUUCUCAGAGAAAUCAUCUAAGAAUCCAUCACUCUUCAGAUACAGGGAUACCCUAACAGAUUUUUCACUAAUAUGGGUUUCUAGUAGUCAGAACAGCAACAAUCUAUUGUGGGCCUGUAACCCAGCCACCAUAUUGGAUAUUAGCCUUUGUAUAUGAUGGAGUAAGCCACUUAAUCCCACCCUGGCCACAAUAAUCAUAUCUCCUAGUCAGAAGGAUUCAUCUGGAAAACUUUCCAACCCUGUAUCAGCUGAAAAACAGGGUGCACAAUGCAAACCUGUUCUACAAGCUUUUGUCAGGAGUAGAUGAAGGCUUAUUAUACACAGUGCUUCGAAGGUAAACAUGAUCCCUUUUCUCUUGUAGUGGUUUGUCAGCUGUGGUCCACAGGUGACCUAUACUCCAUUAGAACUUGUUCCCAAGUUCUGACACCUGCACUCUUGCUAGACCAUCACGUUAUGGGUAACAGCUGCAUGAGAGACAUAGAAGCCCUGGCAAGGUCUGUAGCUUCAUGACAUAGCAUCUGCUUUGCAUGCAGAGGAUUCCAGGUUCAGCAUUUCCAGGUAGGGUUGGGAGAGAAGCUUCUCUGAAACCCUGGAGAGCCGCUGCCAGUCAGGGCAGACUAGACUGAGCCAGAUGGUCCAAGGGGCUAGCUCAGUAUGAUGGCUUCCUAUGUUUAUCAGCACCCUUGCUGGAGCAUCUUGUAAUAGCAGUAUGAGCAGAAUGAUAUUCCCACGUUGCAUUCAAUCCCCACCCCUAGCUGUUAGGGAUGCAAAAUGGCAGGUGUGGCCCAUCUUUUUGAUGCCCAUGCGACGUCUGCCAUUUUGGAAGCUUACUGAAGCAUAAUAAGAGUGCUGCCAAAUGACAUAAGUGCAACUUUAAAAUAUAUGGAGGCAGUGCUUUUGUUGUGAUGGUACUCUCCAGUACAACGUCCCGCCACCUCUUUAUUUGCUGCCCAUGGUAGCCGUUUUGUGCUGGCACUAGGGAUGGAAGGAUCUGUCAGUUUUGGUUCUCUCAGUUUCUAAUUUUUCUUAUCUUGAAUUCAGUUCUCCACAUUUCUGCAGCAAUAUUUCCGAUUUUUUUAAAAAAAAAUAAUCCUCAUGAAAAUUCUUCAGCAUUUUAGUGCAAGUUUCUCCAAAUAAAUUCCUUUUUUGUAUGUAGUUUUGAACAAUGUAUACUUUUUUGCAAGCAAUUUCCCCUAAUAUAUGCAUUUUUGUAAACAUUGCUUGAUUGGAGAACCUCAUUGCUAGUUUCCAAGGAUGCCCUGUGUUUUGGUUCUCAUAUUGUUUCAGAAAGUGCGAAUUUGAUAAAUUCGGCUUUAAAUGCAAACUGAAUCAAAUUUCUCCCUAUUCCCUCCAUGGCACCCACAGCACUUUUAUCAAGAUAGGAGUACUGGCACCUUAUUCUUACAAAAAACAAAACCACUGGCUGGAGGGGAUGCCACCAUCUGGUACUGGAGACAUGACUGGCUUCAUGUUUCAUAUUUUUCCUCCCCUCAACUUUUGGGACACAAUCAUAGAACCAGUAAAUACACUUAAAACCAAGUAGGGUUUUUCUGUGCUUGAGAAUGGUUCCUUGGUGAUAAUGUCAUCAAGCGAUGACCCAUCAGAGCCUGAAAAUAAAACUCCCUUCUUGGUUGAAUCCAGGCUUCGUAGAUCAGGAAGUGAGUUCAGCAAAUCAAUGCUAUAAACCGAGACAGCAUGAAAAACGUUUGAGAAUUGACCCUGGCUCAUUGAUCCAAAACAUUUGGGCGCCUUUGGUCUGUUGCAUAAUAAAGCCUUAAGAAAGGAAUCUCAGCUCAUCUCUUGCGCUGAGCAGUUUAGCACUUCCUUGUCUGUAAAAACCCUUUGUUGUUUCCAAGCCAUUACAUAUCUGCCAGCUAUAUGUUUGGAUAAGGAGAUUAUUCAGAAGAAGGAGAAAAAUUGGAACCUUACCUAUCAAGUGUUCAUUAAUUGUAAAUAGUUGGCCCAGUUUCAGUGUGUAUAAUAAUAUGGAUGUGACGGUGUUUACACGCACUUCAGUACCUCUCCCCCUGGUUUGUUUUACUUGUGGAUUUAUUGCAUGCAUCACAUCCCCAGACUAGUUUUCAUGCCAAGGUGACUCAAUGCUCAUACACAUGAAACAGGGAAAUGGGUGAUUAAAUAUCACAUUACUGCUAUUGGACUAAGGAACUGUGCAUCAAAGCUGCCUCGAUUUCUGCCCUGUUUAAAUUGGUGUUAACAUACCUAAUACUAAUAAGGUCAUAUCUGCACCAUACAUUUAAAGCACUCUUAUACCACUUUAACAGGAAUGGCUUCCAUCAAAGGAUCCUGAGAACUGUAGUUUGUUGAGUGCCGACUUCACAGAGCUACAAUCCAAAUCACCCUUAAAAGACUACAACCCCCAAGAUUCUCAUUGACUGUUAAAUGGGUAUGAGAGUGCUCUAAAUCUGGAAAGAUAUUGAUGAUUUUCACAUGCAUUAGCUUUCCUAGAGCUGAAACAAAGCUACUCACAGAGCUUUUGGAAGUGCUGAAGAACUCCUCCCCUUGUGGCAUUGUUGGUGUUCCUUGUGAAAAUGUUCACUUAUUUACACUGGAAGAGAAUGCUGGACUGGAUGGGACUUUGGUCUGAUCCAGCAGGGCUCUUCUUCUGUUCCAUUUGCCCUCCCUCUCUCAAUUACCCACAGUCCGAUUUGCUAUGUCACAUUCUAAUGGCAUCCUCUUCACUGUAUGAUCCCUGAAAACCCAUGUGAGUCAUCUGGAAAAGAGGGAGAAGCAGCAACCUGGGGGAAGGUGGGAGAGAUGGUGCUGAAAUUGUAACAGCCAGGGAAAAUAAUGGCCCUGAGUAGACUUUGGAAAAAUAUUUCUACUGCAUCAAAAUUGCUAGUUUCCACCCAAAAAAGAUGAGAGAAUAUUCAGUAGUUGUCUCUCUUUUUUAACUGUCAUAUUACCUUUAUGAGAGCCAGUGUGGUGUAGUGGUUAAGGUGCUGGACUACGACCUGGGAGACCAGGGUUUGAAUCCCCACCCAGCCAUGGAGCUCACUGGGUGACCUUGGGCCAGUCACUGCCUGUUAGCCUCAGGAAGGCAAUGGUAAACUUCCUCUGAAUACCACUUACCAUGAAAACCCUAUUCAUAGGGUCGCCAUAAGUCGGAAUUGACUUGAAGGAAGUCCAUUUCCCUCUCAUCACCUUUAUAUUCCAAUCCUAUCCUAGACUUUGUGCUUAGGAUUGUGGCUGUAAUCAGUAUCAUGCACCAGUUACAAAUUCGGAAUUCUUAAUAAUGGCUUAUCCACCCUUAAAAGCAAAUUAUUGUAUAAUUUAUACAACAAGAAGAUACUGGAGAGGCCUCACGGCAGCAUAGGGAAUGUUCCUAAUCCCCAUCUGCCUCAAUGAACUAAACUGAGAUGCAUCAAAAGCUACAUUUCCCAUGCUUCCUGGCAGCAAAGGAGAUGCACAGGGGCAUGCAUUGCUUCCGAGAAGCGGGGAAACAUUGUUUCCCAUAGUUCCUGAUAGGAAAGUAGGAGCAUCCAGGCCUUGAGAUUGACACCUCCCCACUUCUCACUAGGAUACGUUUGCACUGAGUGGUACCUCAGUGGUAGGGCAUAUGCUUUGAUGGAGAAGGUCCCCAGUCCAAUCCCUGCCAUCUUCAGGCAGGGCUCAGAAAGACCUAGGGCAGGCAGAGGGCAGGGUGCCUGCAUCUUUCAUAGUCAUGCAGAAGAGGGGACUUCGGCAGGUGGAGCUUGCAUGACGAGCUGUUUCCUAAAAGAAGCCCCCGCUCUAUAGAGAGUUACAGUGAAGAAGGGAGGUUGAAGAAUGCAGCAUUGCUGAACGGUACGCAAGUUAACUUUCUGUUCAGGAGGAACAGAAAUAGCUGCUCUGAAUUCCAGGAACUAUCUUCACUUUUGUUUGACAUGCUCACUUCCCUGCAGUGCUUGGCACUAACACUAGAUCUGGCAGUCCGGGCUAUAGAUCACAUUUCAUACUAAAUCUUACACCAGUGGGUGUGAUUCUGCAAGUAAUUCAAAUGGUACGACCGGAAGCCAAAGUGCAAGUUAAUGCAGGCACAUCUUAACUUACAACCCAUCUGCUUCUGAGGAGUGGGACUCCUAAGCAGUGGGAGUCGAUUCCUCCAAAAGUAAUGGGAUUAGACAUACAAGAGAAGUAUAUGUUAGGAAGCAAAGGCUGGGUUCUCAGCCCUCUGGGGUUUCCCCAUAGCUCACUGGUAGACUCCUAUCUGAAACCCUGGAGAGCUAAUGCCAGUUAGUGUAGACAGUACUCUGCAAGCUGAACCAGUGGUGUAAGGCAGCUUCCUAUGUUGACUGCAUUAGGCUAGUAAUGCAGGGGAUGGAAGCAGAUUACAGUGGAGAACUGGCAGGUGUGGGAAGAGUCAUGCACCCCUCCCAGCUGCCAGUUCUUUCCUGCAAAUACUCCUCCUCAACCCUGCAUUCAUGCUAACUGGAGCACACAUAUCUGCAAAAUGUGCGUGUGCCUGUGUAACGUAGGGUUCCUUCCUCACUUCUGCAUCCUGGGCACCAUUCAAACAUCAGCCACAGCCGAGCUAAAGAUCCAAUAAAAUGAACAGUGUUUCGUGACACGGUGAAGUCCCACUGAUUGCCAUGAGACUUAAAGUGUCUCUUUUUUUCUUUUGGAUCGUGUCCAACCAACGACUGUGAUCCAGUAAUGUAAUCUGCCCUGCUCAGCAGCUUUCAAAUUGUGCUUUCACUUCCAGCAACUCUCAGGCAAAACAUGCUUUUAAACUUAGGAGGGGGGCAAUGAGAGCUGGUCCACUUGGGCAAGUGGGACACUGCCCCACCAACCUCAGCCAGCCCUCAACUGCCUGCCUUCUUACAAGCAACCUGUUCAGGAGGUGGCACUGGGUGUCAGCUUCUUCCUCUGUAUUCUCAAUGUUGCCCUUGCAGAACUCAGCAGGAAGGACUUUUGGAGCAGAAGACAGGGACACCAACAGCAGGUGGAACCAGAGCCAGUUGCUGGCUGGGGCUGAUCGGAGUUGUAGUCCAAAACAUCAGGAGGGCACCAGGUUGGUGAAGGGUGGUCUAAUGCCUCCUUUGCAUUUAACAUACAAAGGACUUCUAGAGAGUUUCCUGAUGCAUUAAAGCAGCCUAAGUGGUCCAAAAAUUUCUUCUCUAAGGCCCCCAAUGUCAGAGUCUUAAAUAAGAUGACCCAGAAUUAUAUAUUGAAUUAACUCAGUAAGAGGAAGGGAAAUAGCUUCUGAUUGUAAUAUGCAGCUGUAUGAGGAACUGGGUUGGAUUCCACAUUAAGAAAGGCAGGAUUUGCUUUGUUGAAGCUCCAUCUCGGCUUGAACCCCAAACCCCACAUCACUGAGGAGGGAUUACGUUCCUGCCUUUAAUCUACCAAACCUGCUCCUUGCUCAUUCAUCUUCACCACGGCUGUUAACCUGUCAAGGUCUCCUCUUUGGCUGUCUGCUGCUGAGCAGGCAGAUAGUCUUCCUGAGGCUGGAGCCUCUCUUUCCUGGCCAGGAGACCUGCCAAAGCCAAGCAGAACAGCCAAAAGAUCUCCCUCUGGCACAGACUGUUUAGCCCUAGGGCAGAUACCCAAUCAGUCAACGAACUUUGAUCUUUCCAAGUAAGCUGUCUUCAAUCAAACUUGCACCAGAACCAAUGGACCCUGGAAGCAAGAGAUGUCUUAGAAAACAUUGCAAAGGCUACUGAUGAACUCUGUAUUUGGAUAGUUUCAGGGACGGAGGGGCAGGGAAUAAUCCAGCAUCCCAGCCUUACUCUACCUUUUGAGGUUCCUGCAGUUUUCUUCCUGCCCACUGCUCUCCCCCAACUGAAUGUAUUUCGCUUUUGAAAGAAACCUAGCAAGCAAUAGCUAUUGCAGUUGUUUCUCUGUCUCUCUGUUCAUAUCUCCUUGGUCUUUUCUACUUUAAAAUUAGUGUGGUAGCCCCUUGCUUGUCCACCUCCUUCCAAACAUGCCACUUUAUGCACCACUGUAAGUAUACUAUGAAUAACCUGCUCAGGGGAAGGUGCCUUAGCUUGCCUUUUAAAGCGGCAUGUUUGUGCAUCUACAGAUGAGCAGAGAUACUCAGCAGACUGCUGCUUGAAGUGGCAAUUUGGUCUACCCAGCCAGGUGCGGACAUACUGAACUAGUACAGUGACUGGUAGCCUAGGACACUUUCUUGUGAGUCGAUAGACUGGCAGGGAAGGGCUCUAGCCUUCUGGUUGAAAUGGGAGGAUAAGAAAGGGCUUCAUCUUGCCACUUCUAGCAAAGGGCUGGCAUGGAUCCUCUUCACAAAUGGCUCCACCAUGCAACUUAACAUGACAUCUGGCAUGCUUGCUUAAAGUAAGCCCUGUGCUGCUCUUGUUGUAAACUCACCAAGAACAGCACCAGACAUUUGGGGACAAAAAAGGAUAGCUUGGGUCUUCUUGUUUUGGAAAUGUAAGACCCUAUGCCAAUGUAGACAAAGACUGAGGGCCAGUCUGCACUAUACAUUUGAAGCAGUGUCAUGCCACUUUAAACAGUCAUGGUUUACCCCAAAGAAUCAUGGGAGCUGUAGUUUGUUAAGGCAGCUGAGAGUUGUUAAGAGACCCCUAUCCCCCUCACAGAGCUCCCUGGGAAGAGGGAUUGAUUGUGAAACCACUCUGGAAACUAGUUCUUUGAGUGGAAUAGGAGUCUCCUAACCACUCUCAGCACCCUUAACAAACAACAGUUCCCAGGAUUCUUUUGGAGAUUAUUCAAAGUGAUCAGAUGCUGUUUUAAAUGUCUAGUGCAGAUGUGGCCUUAGAGAUAUUCUACGCAUUGCAAACCAUGAAGUGGUAGAAUUCUGGACUGAAUCACUUCAGACUGUAGAUGGAGGGGUCAUAUUUUCCUGAAAUGCUCCCUUAUUUAGAAAGCCACCUGCACCCUGGAGAGGACUGCACCAAACCUUUCUCCCUGAUGUGCUAGCUCAUAGCGUACAGCAAGUUUCUUUAGAUGAAGGAACAUUGGCAAGCACCCCAUCUACAGUUCAAUGAUACAAUUCAGAAGUCUGCCAACUCGUUCUACGUAACACAUGGAACAGCUCUGUGCCGCUGCUGCGCAACCUGCAUCCGCAGAAGGUUAGUGCGAUCAGAGCAUCUGUCUAUUUCCUCUUUGCUUUUUCUUCUGGAAACAAGACACAGGCAGCUUUCUGUGCAUAGCACAUUCAAUGCCAGUGCCAAAGGUCAUGGAGCGUCUGGCUGUUGGGACAUUGCAAGAUGUGGUGCAUUCUUGGGAAAUAGCAAUGGAAUUCCAUGGCAUUGCCUGGCUGCUUCCUCGUAGGCCAAAACAGUGCAGAAUGUGCUCUGGCAGCUUCGAGAAGUGUGGGCCUGAGGUAGGGUUAACCCCGCUUCCUGUAGACGGCAACCUUCAAGCAAAGCUGCUCUGCACAGGGUGCAUGUUUUUUGAAGGGCUCUUCAGCCAUUGCACUUUGGCUUCAUUCUGCUUACAUGAAAGAGAAAAAAACCUUUCACAGAGGGGCUGCUAUUAAGCAAGGGCUCUGACCCUUGACACCUUUUUGACAACAAAGGGGAAGCUGGUUUGGGGUUUUUUGCAGAGAGACAGUUAAUGACUGCCUAAAAGCUAUCCCACUGGACCAGCCAGGAAGGGAAUAGCUGGAGCUUGAAACACAUAUAUUUUUGGUAGUGGUUAGGAAAUGGGCAGAUCUGACCAUUUCAGUUUCUCAAUUUCCCAAAUUUAAGUUCUCCACAUCAGUUUGGGACUUUAAAAACAGGUCCUUAUGAAAGUUCAGCACCAUUUUAGUGCAAAUUCCUUUUAAUAUACACAUUAUUGUAUGCAAUUUUACCUAAUAUAGACAUUUUUGCAAAGCAAAUUUCCCUAAUAUAAUGCAUUUUUGUAUUUGUUACUUUCACUAAUAUAUGCAUUUUUAUGCACACUUUGUCCAAAUAUAUUCAUUUUUGUACACAUUGCUUGACUGGAGAACUGCAUUGCAAAAUUCAGAGAAGUGCACAUUUCAAUGAAUGGCUGUGUUUUUGUUUGUGUAUUAUUUUGGAAAGUGCAAAUUGGUAGGCUCACCUUUAAAUUUGAACUGAAUUGCAUUUCUUCCCCAUCCCUUGCAGAGGUUGAACCUAGGAUCUUCUACAUGCAAAAACCCUGAGCAACAGCCCUUCUCCAUAAAAGGCACUUCCAAAUCCUUUAGGGGGAACCAAACAUUGAAGAGGAAGAUUCUUUAAACCAGGUCAAGCAGUAAGGUUUGGCGUUUCAGAUUCCACUCUUGGUAGGAGAGAAAGAGGGUAACCUCAGUCUUUAACUUCCAAUUUGAACUGUGCCUAGACAGAAAAUCUUGGAUGCUCCCACUGCAUUUCGAGGUUCUGGAUGCAACCGUAAGCAGAAAUUCUUAGAUCCCAGAAGCAGGACAAAAGACAGCUUGAGAGACCUGACCAGUACAGGAAAUACUGGGAUUCGUCGCCAGAAAGCUUUUCCUUGCCAAACAGCUAUCUUAAUUUUGUAGACCCAAGACAUUUGGCAACAACAGUCCCAAUCUGCUUUUUCACAGGAUAUACAGAGCUCCUAUAGAAGCCAAGAACAUUUCAUAUCCUAUGAAGAAGCUUAGAAAGAAGAUAGGGUUCAUUAUGACCUAAGGUUAGUUUCCAGAGCCAAACCACUAGACUUGCUCUUCACAUUCUCUCAGAUAUCCAGGAGAAUCCUUGGAUGGUCUCAUUUGUUUGCAAGAAAUGAUUACUAUCUUCCUUUUGCUCCUUUUUUUCUUGUUUCCCAUUACAACUGUACAUUUUUAUUUUUUUAGUAUAAAUCAUUGUACUGGUAUAAUACAUCUUCCAUUCAACAAAAGAUGAAUCCAAGCCACAAACUAUCUCUUGAGAUCUGAGAGAUAUAUACUGGGAGAUUUCUAAUAAUAGAGUUUCUAAUGUGCCCCUUUUAAAUAACUCAAGGCCAACCUCAAAAUUGGGAAUUAUGUUAACUUCCACACCCAUGCCUGCCCUAGGCAAUUCAGCCCUACCUCUAAUAACUGCAGUAAGACCACAUUUAUCAGGGGGCACAUCCAAAAUAUUUGCACAAACAGAAUUGAGGCAGGGGAGGAGAUGACUAAUUACUUAUAUUUAAACAUUGUGUGAUGCUAUCUGGAGGUUAGACACAAGGGUUGGCACUGAUGGUCCAAAAGCAGGAGUACUGCUGCAUUUACGGGUAAAGACAGAACAGGAUGUUCUUAUCAUCAGUUACUGUGGGUUCUUCUCAGCCAAGUGAACCUAGCUUUGCUUCUUGUCUUGCAAGUCAAAUGCUGGAUCAAAGCAGCACAUGCACAUUUAUUCAUUUAUGCACCCAUCCUUUGCCUUGCAAAAAAAUAAGUCACAGACUCUCAGAAUAUUGGCAGAGAGGGGAGAGGUAUGCUGCCGAUGUCAUGGGUACAGACCAGUAGGGCACCCAACUUAGCUAUCAUUUCUCUGACACAGUGGAAACUUGCAAAACCAUUCUUCUGCCCCCCAAACUUACUGGAGUAAGGUACAUGUGUUUUUUGAAAGCAGAAAAAGUGGAUUCAUACUGUUUCUGCUAUAUUUAAAAUGCUCUUCUGUCUUCACACCAUGCAUGAGGUCAUCUACCGGAAGUGAAAUUCCAGUCACUCUAACAAGAUGGUGGAGGUGGUCAUUGUUUUGAUUCAUUCUUCUCUCUAGCGAUUCAUUUCCAAACUCAAAGGUCACUGUGUGCGUCUUUUCUCUUAGGCUGUAAGUAACACCUCUUUGGAAUAUGCCCAGCAUUUUAGCCUGACACUUUCCUGCAGCUGUGUUAGAGAGAUGUUCGUUGUCAUAAAGCCUGUGCUAGACUUGGAAAUGGGGAGAGCAACAUCUCAUCUAUCAGUGCUGUCAGGGCAGCCUGCUGUUUGGUUUUCCCUUUUACAGAAAAAAAAUGAAUCCGCUGCUUCUUUUAAAGCCCAAUUUGGUUCUUCAUUCUGCUUGCGCUUUGCUGAGAAAAAGGAAAGAUGAAAAAGCAAAAUGUAUACAAACUCCUGAAAUAAGUGUGGUGUGGUGGGUGCCAACUGGCAAGCACCCAUGACACUGCCAACAGCAUGAGGGAAGUGGCCUUUCACAGGAGCUGUGGGCUGUUGCUAGAAGAAGCUUUUCCUAGUCUCAGCAGAAAGGGGAUUGGCUUCUCUCCUCCACUCAUGACAAUAUGCUCACUCACUCUUUGAACUACAAUGUUGAGGUCUAGUAGAACACUCCCUUAGUUUUCAUCGACAUGUCAUGUAUCUUGGGUUCCAUCCUUGGGAUGUUAUAAACCAUGAAACAACCUUCUCUUCUAAUCUCCAUCUUUUCAAACUUUUCCUACCCUCAAGGACCUCUUUUCACAUCAAUGUGCAUGCCAAAAAAAACCUUUGUAUGAUGCACAAGAUUACUGGGUUUUGUCAUAGGCCAGGGGUAGCCAACAUGGUGCCCACCAGAUGUUGUUGUUCAACUAUCAACAUGGCCAAUGAUCAGGAAUGAUGGGUUUUUUUAUAUUUAGAGUCCAGCAACAUCUGGAUGGCACCACAUUCAUUAUCCCUGUUCUAGGCUGCACUUUUCAGUUCACAUGGAGAACCCACCACAUUAGUUGGGCCGAACCACUGUGGCUGUACAUUGCAGUGGAAGAAAGACCAUUAAUGGAAGACAACUAGAACUUCUCAUGUUUCACAGGAACCCCAACAUUCCCCAGGACACAGUUUGAAAACCAUUAGAACUUCUGACAUCAUUUACUUCCGUUUGUUAUUUACUAAGUGGGAUUCCCACUUAACACUCUGCAUGAAAUUAUAGUUUUGAGAGCUCCCAGGAGAGAGGGAAAGCGCAAUUGCCACCAAACUCCCACCUAAAACAAGAUUCAAAGCAAAUUUGAGGGGUUCAUCUUCAAGUGAAGCUUUUGAGGACUUUCCAAGUGGAUAAAAGAGUGUUUUAGUUUGCUGCCCUGCACUCCUAGAAGGAUAUAAAUUAAUUGAUUGACUGAUUGAUUGAUAGAUGAGUCUGAAUAAAAGUGUUCAAAUUCCUCACAGGUGGCUCUGCGUAUGCCUGAGGUUGUUGCCCAGUUUCAGCUAAAAUGAUAUUCCAAGCAAAUGUAAAGUCUUUCUUAAGUGAUACAUCUGAGAAAUUUCAAGGGCCAGCCCACCUCCUAAAAAAGUCGUCUGGAGAUGGCUAAAGAUGUCUCAGAAGGAUUUCACACAUCCCUACUUAAACCAGUAUAGAGGUCCCUCCGGACAUCCUUUUUAUUUUGCAUUUGUGAUUAUUUGGGCUCAUGAUGCUAUUGGGGCGGUUGUAUGCGAUCCUGUUUUCAAUACUGCCAAGGUUGUACCUGCAAAGGUUUUAAGGCGGACUUACGGCUUUGUUUCCAAUCAGCACCUGUCCCGCAGCUUCCUGUUGAAAACCUGUUAACUUUUCAUACCAUAAAUGUUCUGGUUAGUGAGGUUUGUUUGUCUGGCUUUUAUUGCACUAUAGUGCAAGAGUACCCCUUGCAGAUGUCAAUAAAGCUGGAACACUGGGGAAGCAUAGUCAAGCAACGAAUAAAGUGGAAUGUUGUAUCAACCCACCAGUUAUGCACUAUGACUGCAUGAUGAAGAAUACAUGACUGUAAAGAAACAACUAAUCUGGAGGGGCCCUAAGUCUCUAGCAUAAAGAUGCCUCCUUAGGGAUCUUUGCAUUCAAAUUCUGUUCUGGUUGUCUUCAACACUAUCUUCCUGACCCUGCAUUGCCUACUUCUGUAACACUAAAGUCUCGUUGCAUUUGGAAUGCCUACAUGAAUUAGUCCCUUUUUCUUAAAAAUAAAUAAAAAUGUAGCAUUGAUGGUGAUGUACUUAAAGUAAGUUAUAUACAGGAUUUAUAUGUAUAUAUGUUUCCCUUCAGUGAAGGACUGUAGCAUUGUACUGAGCCUCUUGUAAAAGAUAUUUAUUUUGUGUACAGUACCUGUCUUUGGCGGGGCAGGAGAGAAAGGGUGACUGUUACAUAAUGCUGCUGCCUCUCCCACCUUCUCAGUUGCAUUUUGUGCGCGGGUUGGGAAAUCUUGCUUCUUUCCCGUAACUUGUAAAGCUGAUACAUCUGUACAGUUUGGUGUGCAGACCAAGAAAGCUGGUUCUGGUCAAGCUUUGCCAAACAAACAAAACAAGUUCUAAUUUUAGUAUAAUUUUUUAUUAGAAAAAAAUAAACUUUUUUUCCUCCUCCC